GAUGACAUUGCCAAACUAACAUCAUUUCUAUAUUAAAAUGUGACGGCAAAUUGUUGCCGAGAAAACUUUGGAAGAAUAUUACAAUGACAUCUGCCUUUCAGGAUUGCUUUCAAUGGAUGUCAGUUACAGAAGAGACGUUGUUUUUGCAUGACGGAUUGAUCAGAGUCACUGAUCUGGUAGAACUUCCUCGGGAUGUAAACAACACACAGGGAGGCGACAAUGAAGUCAUAACCUUUGAUUUGAAAAGCCCCAAAGAGCUAAGUGAUAGGCUUCUUGCUGUAUGUGGUACCCAAAACAAUGCAUAUGCUCGAUUGUUAGAAUACAGGUUAAAUGCUUUACGGGGAUACUGGUGUGCGCAGAGACAGUUUGUAGGUGCAGAACAGCAAGAUUCAGAUUCCUCAUCAAGUGAAGAAACUCUAAAUAUAUUGAAGAAGCAAGGUCUUUUAAAAGAACCAGAACAGGCAUCAUUUUCAACACGAAUCAGUGUCCUUUUAGUCUUGCCAUUGCUUCAGUCCCAAAGUCGAAUUGAUCCCAAAUUAUGUGGUGUUACAGCACAGUUACUCUUGGACUGUCUGCGAGAUUGUCCACCAAUAAGUCUGGCAAAAGAACCAGGGGAUUGUCUUCGUGGUUUAGAAAACCUCUUGUGCAGCUGGCUUUUAGAAGAAAAGGACAAAGAUGCACUAGUUUUAGUAACAGAUGUUCAGCAACGAACAAGUACAGCUGCAGCUCUAGUGGCUUUAGCAAGUGCAAGAGGCCAUUUGAAAACAUUUAUACAUACAAUCCAUUUACUACAAAGUUUGUCAGACCUACAAUCCCUGCCUGUAUCAGAUAUAUUGGUCAAACUACUGGAGACGGAGGGAGGGCAGGGUCCUCCACCAGGACUGUCGGGGAAUAAACAUGUACUAUGUUGGGCAUUAGAGGACAUGCUAGCUGGUCCAGAGAAAGAGCCUAAAGAGAAAGAAAAAGACAAAAAUAAAGAUUCAGAUGCUGGGCGUAGUGUGGCUUGUGAUGGCAAGUUUCUGUAUACCACAAAUACCCAAGGAAAAGGUGUAGCAAAGAUUGGAACAGGUUUACGUGGAACACUCAGAGGCUAUGUGUAUAGUAGAAACUUUGAUGUGAACGUUGGACGAUUGGCGUAUGGAUCAGGUUCCUUGCUGUGUCGACCACAAUCAUUUGAUACAGAAAUUGAUAUUAAUUCUUUGUGUCAAGUGUUACAUCCAAACACUUUGCAGGUCAUAAAAACAAUACCCAAACCAGAGGAUUAUUCCAAAGAGAAUCCACAAACUACUGUAGGCUUCUGUAGUGAUGGAACUUAUUUCUACUGGAUCUGGUUUGCAGGAGCAGCAUCAGAUAAGAGUAGUAAAGGGGUACCAGUUUAUUUGGAAAAGUUUACAUUUGAUUCAGAGCAAUUGGUAGCUGUACCACAACAAUCCAGAAUUACUCUGCAGAAGAAGGAUGAAUCAACAGCAAAAGCUCUAAGUGAAAGUUUAUUGGCAAAGUUACGGCCCUUUAGAGGAAGUUCAUCAUCCAUUACUCUAGCAGCCCUUACUGGCCUUGACCCUAUAACCUCCAGGAAAGAUGAUGGUGUUCUUGCUGGGAGUACAAGUUGUGGAAUAUCUCUAAAAAACUUGGUAAAAACUCCAGUCACUUGUGAUGGUAGCCAUGUGUUAUUUUUGACUUCAAUAUCAGGUGGCGCCACAACAAGUUCUGCCUCAAGAGGUUUGUUUGGUGGAGGACCUGGUUUGACAGGACUAAGGACAUUAGGUUCCUGUAUGUGUUUCCAUGUUAAAGAUGGACUGUAUGCUACAAAGACAGAUCUCAGUGAUGCUCCUACAUGCUCUCUUGGUAGAGGGGCGGCCAUUUCUGCUGUUGGUUUAUGUUUUGAUGUGAUGAACAAUUCUAUAUGGAUGUGCAGUAAUGAUUGGGUUGACCAGUUCUAUAACCCAGCUCAUCAGGCACAACAUCACAUACACAGACGGCUCAGAAUCCUACAGAAUCCCAGUAAGGAAGUGAGUUUAGAGCAGAAUAGAGAAGCAGUAAUCAAAGAUUUGUUACAACAUGUUGGCAGUAUGUGUUUACACCAGAUCAACAAUGACCUCCUCCACACACCUCUGGGGUCAUAUAUCCUACAGCAACACUCAGCUGACCUUGUCCAUGUGGGAAGAAUUGUAGACAUCUUACAAAGGUCAUUAGAGGUCAAGGACAACCAGAUUAUUCUGUGUUCAUUGAUAGUUUUACAGUUGGUGUUCAGAGUCAGUAUCUUCAAAAGGAAAUCCAAGGAAGAAGAGGAUGUACUCCAGAGAUUAAGUGAUUUAGUGUGGAACCUGUUAAAAUCUAGAGAUAAACUAGACAAACCAACUGACAAAGAAGAUUUCACGUCAGCUGUGAUCACUGAAGCAUGUCAUGUCUUAACCAAUGGGGUCAAUGUAUUAUAUCCCACAGAAAGUGCUAAAAAUAGACUAAUGUUGAGUUUACUGGAUAGUUCUUAUGAAGCUCAUAUAGAAUUGAGAGAUAUGAUUCUUGUGGACUUUGCUGAUCGUUUGAGAGGAAUGACUUACAGUAACACAGAAUCAAAAAAUCUCUGUUUUAAUGAUGAAACUGUCAACUUAAUACUAAAGAUAGCUGUUAAGGAGUCUUGUGAAUUACUGAAGGAAUCAGUUUCCAUAGGGAAAAACCAGUUCGAAGAACUACAAGCUCGAGUACCUGUAGCCUCAUCUUGUUUGAGGUAUAUGAUGUCACUUCAGUCAUUUCUGUUGAGGGAAGCCAUAUUGUACAAGUCUAAAACAGAAUCAGAAGAUUCUACAAAACAGGAUAAUACAAUACUGAAGGAAUUACAAAUAUCCAUCAUGAAUCUGGCUUCAAAAGUAUUUAGAGGUUCUUACCAAGUUCUAGAAGCUUUAUUAGACACCUGUAGUACAGUAAUAUCAAAACAUAAAGAGGACUUGGAAUAUUGGUUACAAGGAUUAGAACGACUGGCUAAAGCCACAGUGUUGGGACAUCUACUUCCUGUCCUCCUGACAGCCAUGACACAUCCUAACUUACGAUGUCUACAAUUUGGUGAUAAUCUGAUGUCACAGUUGGUUCACCUUGUUGUUUUAACCAGCCAGGCUGCUCUGUUGUUGAAAAGUCAAGUCCAAGCUGUGCAACAGGAGAUAUUUGAAAAAGAUUCUGAUAUAGAUGUAGCCAAGCUGAUUGGUCAAGCUGUCAAUUUAGAAAAUUGUGAUCUGAAAGAAAAAGAAGAGGAAGGAUUCCUUGCUGGACUAAAGAUCCCUGCCCCCUGGUCAUCAGGGAAGGCUAUAGAGAGUAUACAUCCUGUCAGGGACAAUUACAAGUUAAAGGAAAGUGUCCAUAUCCCUGGGGCAAGGUGUCUGUACCUUAGAUUUGACCCCAGAUGUGCCUCACAAUAUGAUUACGAUAAGUUAGUACUGUAUGCUGGCCCAACCACAAACUCUAAGAAGGUAGCUGAGUAUGGUGGGAAUACAUAUGGAUUUGGCAGUCGUAGUGUUCUGGGAUCUGGAUGGCCUAAAGAUCUUGUCAAAGUUGAAGGAGAUACAGUAACAUUUUCUUUUGAGAUGAGAAGUGGUAGAGAGCAUAACACACCAGACAAGGCCAUGUGGGGAUUUAUGUGUACUGUCAGGGCGCAGGAAUCUACAGAAGAGGUAUCUAUUGGCCUUCCUUUCUUAGCAGAUUUAGCUCUAGGAUUAUCAGUCCUGGCCUGUACAAUGCUACAACUAUUAUACGAGGGACCAGAUAAAUCUAAACAAGAAAUCAGUUGUACACAUUUACUAAGAUCUAAAUUAUUACAAAGAUGUGUAUGGCAGUCAGAUACAGGAAAACCUAUUCCAGGCUUCUCUCCUGAUUCUUCCCACGACCUUACCAUUAUAGAGGACACAUCUCUACCAAGAAUCAAACUUCCAUCUGAUAUUAUACAGAACUUGAGAAAACUCUGUCAUAGGCCAACACAAACACUCAGGCCAAGUAUAAGAGAAGUGAUUCAGCCAGACAUACUUGAAGAAAGAGUUAUAUCCACUGUUAUAAAACAUCUAUCACUGACAGAAAUUGUGCACCAACUACCUUCAGCUGAAAACCAAAACCCUGAGGAAUUCUCACUGUUACAGUCUGUUCUACAAGAAGUUUAUAAAAGAUUGGAUGCUCUGAUUAGACAGUUGCAGAGUUUAGCAGGCCAGGAACAACAUUGGCAUACAGAUGUAUUAGACCAUAAACAGGAGAACACAGAGGAUACACCACCAUUUUUUCAUGAUUAUCAUCUGCAGGAGUCACAAUAUAAAGAAUUGAUGAUGUUAUGUUUUGUCAAGAAUAUACAACCAGAUAAUGGAGAUGAUGAAAAGUCUGUCAAAGCUCUGAGAGAAAAGUUUGAUGCUGAUGUACAAAGUAGUGAGUUUGCAGAGACUUGUCCUAUGACCUUCACCUCUCAUAUUGUCAAAGGUCUGUUGUCAAGACUAGAUUUAUUGUUACAAGUCAACAUUGAGCCACAAGGUGGAGUGUCAUACAGUAGAAACUACUCUAUGCUGGAUCCAACACAAACAGGUGUGAUGGUGAGGUCAGACACAGACAUUGUAUUGCAAUCAUACAGCUUGUCAAGAAGUAUGUCUGCUCCCAAUGGAGUUGAUAUUUCCAGAGAAGAUAUCAAACACAAAAGACAGCAGAAAUAUAAGAAAGGUCCAGUCCACAUCUUACAGGACCUGGUAGAAGAGGAAGAGAAGGACAGGCCACCAUAUGUUACAGUCAUAGAACAGCUAUUCUCAUUUAUUGGUAGUGAUCCUCAAAAUACGAUUUCAAGCAAGGAUUUUUUAUCUGCUGCACAGACAAGAUGGCGCCGUGGACACACAAGGAAGCAGGCUUUGGUCCACAUGAAAGAACUGUUGACAGCUGCAGCAAGAGUGGGUGGCACAACACAUUUGGUGGCAGCAGUCACAUCUGUUUUACAGAGAGGGCCAUGUGUUGAUGAAUUGACUUGUGGUGGUAUGGUUGACCAUGUUAGAGAGGCUUUCUCUGAGACUAUGACAUCACUUGUACAACUGGCAGCCAGAUAUCCUAUAGCCUGCUGUAACAGUAUAGGUCUUAUGUGUAUUAUUCCAUAUACAAGAGCUGAAGAGAAAUGUUUAGUAAGAUCUGGUUUGGUGCAUCUUCUUGACAAACUGUGUAGCUUAGCCAACUACCGAUUAGACAACAAAGAAACACAAUCAACUCAUCAGAAAGUUUCAGCCAUGGCAUGGGCAGGCUUCCAAGUUCUGGCCAACAGAUGUGUCAUGUGGGAAACGGAAGAUGGUUCACAUUUUGAACAGUUAGAACACUCUGGAUUGGCUAGACAGGUGUCAGUAUUAUUAACCAAUCAUCUUGCUCGAGCCACAGAAUCUGGUGGAAAUGAGGCUGCAGGCAGUGAAGCAUUACAGGAUGUGCUUAGUUUACUGAACAAUCUAUCACGUAGUAAGAUGGGCAAAGCUAUACUAAGUCAACCAGCAUGUGUGUCCAAACUUCUGUCUUUGUUAUUGGAUCAGAGGCCAUCACCAAAGUUAGUAUUAAUCAUACUCCAGCUGUGCCGGGUAGCUCUGCCACUGAUGAGUACAGACGACUGUGACUAUCUAGAACUUCCCUCCUGGGGACAACACAUGCAUUCAUCACACUGGAGUACAGCAGAGUCUAUCUCAGAUCCACCAGCUAAGAUUGUCAGUCUACUACUGGCCAAGCUGGGAGAUUUCUUAGUGCCAGGUGACUACAGUACAGUGUGUAGUAGGAGACCUUCAACUGACCCUAGUAGUAGCCAUGGUAACAUCAGUGGAGAAAGAGAUAAGAAUGAAGACUGUGACAUUCAGGGUGGUCGACUGACAGUGUUUGUACAUAAGAGAAGUGAUCAGUUAUCACAAGAAAUCACACAGGCUAUUUUAAGUUCUGACACAAGACAGAGUAGACUUGGAAGUCUUUUGACAGAGAAAGCUGUGAGAAUGGACAGGGAACUGAAUAAGUCUGGGAAAGCAGAUGUUUGUACAGAAGAUGCAGUAACUGCAUUGAAGAAAGCAGCCAAGUGGGCACAGUCAGGACUUGUCAUUUCUACUGGUUCUCCAGUGGAUUCUACCCCUCCAGAGGCCACUAAUGGGGACAAGAAAAAACAAAAUGCUGUUACUGUGUGCAGAGAGAAAAAUAAUGAGUUAGCAAGAACUGAUCCAGUGAGACCAUUUAUAAGUGGACAUGUUGCUAACAGUAUGGCAGGUGAAGUGAUAGCUUUACUCCAUUGUUUAUUGACUGCUCCAGAAUCUAACACAGCUCAUUCAUGGGCCAAUGCUGUACAGAGAGUUUUGAAUAAUGCCCUGUCAUGUCUGCCAUUACUUCUAACAUCAAUAGACAGCUUGAGUUCACCACGAUGUAGCAGUAGACAGCUGUUAUUUAUGGCCAAGUUGGGAAAUGCUGCUCUAUGUUCCCUUGGAGGAUUUAAGGAAAUCAUCAAACCUGGAUGUGAUGUUAGAGUAACUGGUCCAGGAAUCCACAAUACUGAAGGAACAGUUUUAUGUGUUUCUGAACAGACUGGACAAGUAACAGUACAGUUGACCUCUGACCUUGAAUCACCACCCAGAUACAGUGAUACUAUACAGGUUCCUGUUACUAGGCUGGAACCAGUCAGGAAUAAGAUCUACAAAUCUCACCACUUGCCGAGUACAGAAGCAGUUGUCAUGGCAAUCAAAUCUAUACUCCUCCCACAGGACGACAACUUAUCCACUUUACAGAAGACAUUCCCUGUGACUGGGGACGGAAACACAAUAAACAAUGUGACCUGUCGUGUCAUUGGAGAGUUACAGACAAGGGCAUGUAUGGUCUUAGCAUCAUACCUCAAUGAUCUCAGCUUUUCUAAGGAGUUUAUACAACACUGUGGCAGUACUAUAGAUGUAUUGAAGUUGCUUGCUAAGGAGUGCAAUACAGGUGACAGACUAGCUGUGAUAGAAGAUCAUUGUACCAGACUGAGGCUGCUCUACAGAGACUGUGCUAAACCUCCACCUCCUCCCAGCAAGGUGGAUAACAGAAUGAAUAAAGAAAUGUUAUGGGAUCCUAACAGAAUUUUCCCACCAGUACGGACAUGUGUUUUCUCCCAUAGUAUGACAGGAGUUACCUUCCUUGGAGAUCCCAAUACAGGAAGUGGAUUGCCUCGUGGAACUAUUGUUUAUGCUAACCAGUCUCUUCCACAACAGGCACCAUCAUUUUAUUGGGAGUUAGAGAUUUUAUCUUUUGGAGACAGCCAGGAUGAGAGUGGUGCUGUUAUAUCUUUUGGAUUUGCUCCCUCUGCUGAGAAGAAAGAAGGAGCAUGGACAAAUCCUAUUGGAACAUGUCUGUUCCUUAAUAAUGGUAAAUCUGUCCAUUACAAUGGAGCCAGCCUACUGCAGUGGAGGAGUGUACGACUUGAUGUAACCCUAAAUGCAGGAGAUAUUGCUGGUAUUGGUUGGGAGAGAACUGAUGAAUCUCCUGUCCAAGGUCAGACACCUAAAGGUCGUGUGUACUUUACCUACAGAGGAAGACUUCUUAGUUCCAACAUGGAGGACGUGUCUGGAGGCAUGUUUCCUGUUGUACAUGUUCAGAAAAAGGGCACCAGAUUAAGAGCAAACUUUGGAACCAGACCAUUUGCUUAUGCCAAAGGUCAACAGCACAGGGAUGCUGCUGAUGAAGCUAAUGAUUUAACCAGAGAGAUUAGAGAGAGUUUUGGACACCUGCCAUUCCACCAUGCCUCUGAGAGUGAGGAUGAAGAACCAACAGUGGCUAGUCCAGAAGUGGCACAGAAAGAGGACUUAAAAUCACCACAGGGUCCAUCAUGUAAAGUCCCAGAGAUACCUAAACCACAGAAAGAAUAUGAUACAGAUUCAUGUAAACAGUACAAGUUGUUCAGUAGCUAUGACAACUUUUUGUCUACUGGUCCCAACUAUUUGUCAACUGCAACACAGGAAGAUGAGUCUGAUGAGGAACCAGUUGAAGAUGAUGCACAGACAGAAGAUCACUAUGCUCUCCUAGUAAAGGCAUGGGAACAGAAAGUGUUCCCUGUUAUCAGAAGAAGAUUUAGAAAUGAGGCUGAGAGAAAGGAUGGACUGGAACAAAUAAAAGGAGCACUACAGCUGGGUAUGACUGAUAUUGCCAGACAGACAGUAGAAUUCCUUUAUGAAGAAAACGGGGGAAUCCCUCGUGACCUUCAUCUUCCCACUACAGAAGAUAUAAAGGAGGACCUAGCUAAGUUUACAAUAGAGAGGGUCAGAAAAGGGACAGUUGUCGUGGUCAGAAAUACAGCAGAGACCAGUACAGCAGGGACCACCAUGCUGCCUAUGUUUGCUGUUAGGAGUAUGCUGAGGACAUUUGGUCUUACAGGGACUGUCUUGGAUGUUGAUAAUUCGAAUGAAUUGGUACAAGUAGAAACCUACCUUCGUAGUGAAGGAGUACUGAUACGAUUCUGGUACCCUAUAGACAUGUUAGAGAGACCAGGUCAAGGUUUGAGGAAAUCUUCAAUUACAGGAGGGCAGAUACUGGAUACUUCAAACAUAUACAUCCAUAGGGAGUUACUUAGAUGUGAAGGGAUAUUAUCUAGGAUGUACUGUAGAACUGCUCUAUUAAAACUCAUUGACCAUUGUAACUCACCAGCAAUGGAGAUAUACUCAUGCUCUGCCAGUCUGGGGUCAGGAAUGGCUGCCAGUGCUGCCCUCUUGCAGCAGUUAGACAUAGAAAACCUCCAGCUGUUGUCAGAGGAACUACUAUGUCCUCCUCAACCUCAUGGAACAGUACAGAAUGCCUCUCUGAUCACAUCCUCCUCAUUAGAACAUUGUCUGGCCAUUAGUUCUUGUUCUCUGACAAAGUUAUUGUACAGUGAUGAAGACAAGUUAAAAAGGGAGCUUUCUGUGGCCAUUGCCAGAGCAGCCAAUCAGGGAGAAGAUUACUUGAUUGAGCUAACCAAUCAGAUUUGUAUUUGUUUGCAGAUUGCACCAGAAAUGUUCCCAUAUGAAGAGUUCCCAGUAACAGAGGUGAAGGUCAACACAGAUGUACAUUUCCCAGGGGCCUCAUGUUUGGUUGUGUCUUGUAAAACUGAUCCUAAAGUAGCAAAGAAAGACACAUCACUCUACAAAUCUCCAUGGGCAAAAGUUCUAUCGUACACUGGUAACCAUGUAAGGAAGACAGGACAACCUACCAAACUGGAUUGUGUUAGUUAUCCAAGGGAUACCAGCUCAACCAGUAACCAGAAUGAACAAUAUACACCUGCUAUUAUACCCUGUGAUAGGGUCCAUGUUAAACUGGGUGUGUCCCCACCCCCAGGGGUCAUGUUGACAAUACAUGCUUUAUAUCCACAGUUCUUACUGGCUGUGGCAUACAUAGAAACUUUAAUAGAAGAAAAGUAUGGUUGUGGCACACAAAGUUGUGGCAUGCGAGGACAUGCUGGUACGCCAUCUAGCUUGAUAAGUAAGGAUAACCACCAGAGUUUAUGGAAUGUGGAUAACAUCAAGAUUACACCAGGGGUAUUUAAACACAUGAUUGAACUCCUGUGUAGAUAUUUAUGGAAGUGUAGUAUUCCAUCUCUCAUUAAGGAGUAUAUGUUCCACCUUUUAGCACAAUCCUUGAGAAUUCUGAAUUACAGCGAGGGAUGUAACGGGUCAGUACUCCUGGCUCUGCAACCCCAUUUGAAUCUUAACACUGGUUUACUUGUACAACUACAAAUGGAGCUCAGGAAAUUAUAUGAAGAGGAAACCAAGGGGUGGGAGUCUAUGUCAACAGCAAGUGGUGUGGGUAUGGGUAUUGGGGUGUGUGAUAAAGGACGAUUCUCUACAUACUUUCAUUCAUUGUUAGAAGUGGUUUUGGCUACUGCUGAAACAAGAUAUGAUGAGAGAUCAAAGACUUUCAUUGGGCUAUUGAUGUCUGCAGGUGCGUUCGGUUCCUCAGCUUCAGGAUCUUCUCAUACUUUAGGAAGUCCUACUUCAUCAGCCAAGAAGAAAAAGGUCAAGGCUAAACGCGAUAAAGAAAGGGGAGGAGCUGUACCUAAACGUACUCCUGUGUCCAGUCCUCGUGUGAGUGAGAGUGAUGUGUCUCACUCUGCAUCAGCCAGCACAUCAGCUACAUCCACAUCAUCAUUUUCAUCGCUACCUACAUCAGAAAACUCAUCAUCAUCUUCAUCACUACCAACCGCUGAAUCUAGUAAGACAUCACUUACUGGUACUAAAUCAGAAGAUUUAUUAUGGUUUCAGAGAACUUUGACCGUGUCUCAGAUUAUUCGUCAUUUGGCAUUCCGAGAGAAACAGAGUGAAAGUUUCUUACACACAGCCAUUCUGGAUGCUGCACACGUUCUUCAAGUACCAUCAGCAUACAAUAGAGUAUUAGUUAUCACAGGAAUACCAGAUAAGAUAUCCAAAGACAAUGUACAUUCAGCUGUUCAGAAAGCAUGUCAGUCAAAUGGGGGAAUUGACAGGAACGAUAUUUUCAUUCCCGUUCAAACUGUAAGUCCAAAGGUCAGAGCUGUAGAAAAGACAGAAACUCAAGGUCAAGUUGAAAGUGAAAAUGUGUCAGAGCAGACGACAGAGGCAGCAGGUGUUGUCAAGGCAACAGAAGAAGUACCUGCUCCAAAAAGGAUGGAGGCAGUCAUUAAAGGUACAGCAGUAAUAAAUAUCAAUUCUAAGUCUAAAGUGGAAAAUAUUAAAAAGUCACUAGUAAAAAGUUUCUCAUUCGGUCAUGAUGAGCUGGUUGAUGUUCCUGAAGAAAUGAUGACUAUAUCCACUGUCAAUGCUAUGUUAGUUACCGCUGAGCCUCAAGCUAAUGGCACGUUGGAGGAAUAUCUUCAGUAUAAAUUUUUUAACGGUUCUAAUCUUGAGGAAAUAACUGAGCCUGGUACACUGGCUCUCAUUGAAAUAUUCCAUAGUUGUUUUAUCAUGGAUCAGAGGCACUGUAGUGAUGAUUUCCGUCAAGAUUCAGGAUUUAUAUGUCUCAGUAAAGAUCUUAUUCUUCAACAUGUACAGGAAAAUAUGUUGUUCUGUUUCUUCAACAAUAUUAAACCUCCAAAGAAGUCCCUACAAGAACAGGUCACACAGGUGUUAAGGAAGUAUGGCAUGCUGAAAUCACCUGACAAAGAAGGAUCACCAGGAGACAGAAAUGGUAAAGGAAAAGGACCCAGGAGAUCUCCAAAAUCAUCCAAAGAAAAAGUGGUAAUGGGUGUCACAGAAAAACCACCACACCGUGACAAGAAGCUGAAGGGUAAAGACAUGCCAGAGAAAACACACAAGGAAGGAGCAGAACAAGGUGCUAAAGCUGGAAAGAGUUGGCCUGUUGAAGAAUCAAGGCAUUUAACUCUGGAAGGAUUCCUACAGUAUGUUAUAGACCUGGCAAAGCAAGAUAUACGAUCUGUAUGGAGGGCUCUCCUAGCCUGUGGAUUUGAUCUUUUCUUUGAAAGGUGUGCAUGUCUUGACAAUAACCAAGCUUUACAGAUGACCACACAGUGGACAUUAGAAAUGGACUCAGCUUUGGGCCAGUAUGUAAACAUGUCAGCUAAGAAGUUAGGAGUGGCUCCCUCACGGUUACAUCCACAUGAGAUGAAUAUACCAGAGGAGAUAUUAACCAAUGAAACUUAUGCUUGUUUACAAGGUGUUCCUGUUGAGAGUGUCAGAUUAAGAUUUGCAUUUCUACAGUCACUGAACAAUACUCUUGAAACUAUUUUCUUGCCGAUGGUUGACCUACGUCCUGCCAAAACUUACAACAGAAGUACAGCCUCUGCCCUGUCAAAAAUCAGAGGACUUAUAUUUUAUGACUCAAAAGUAAACUUUGUUAACCGUAUUAUGAAUGCAACUGCUAAGAGAAAACCAGAUCAAGCUGCACCAGAAGUCACACUGGAUCCCUUGGAAAAUUUAUCAGGUGAUGAGAAAGCUUCUUUAGUUACAUGGUAUUGUCAGACUUUCAGACAAUUAUCUAAUAUACCAUCCAAACAGCUGUGUGUACGUCUAGCUAGUGGUGGAGAUCCUACCUAUUCUUUUAAUGUCAGAUUAACUGGAGAAGAAGUCCAUGGAACAAGUGGUUCUUUCCGACAAUUCCUGAGCCAAAUUGCCAAAGAGCUCCACACUCUUAAGUUGAUAGUCCCCUGUAACAAUAGUAACUACAAAAGUAGAUGUCUACUACACCCAGAGAAGAUGACAUUCCCAGAGGAAAGAUUAACACAGUUUUUUGGACAGAUUUUAGGAAUUACUAUAAGAGCAGACAUACCUCUAGGGUUAGAUCUACUGAAGUCUUUGUGGGAAGCCAUUGUAUCUGACGAUGAAGAUCCAAGUACCAAUCUACAGGAGGCUGACCCUCUUACUUACAGCUUUAUGAAAAAGAUUGAAAUGGUUGAGUCAGAAAGUGAACUUCAAGCAUUGUGUUCUGAUGUCUAUCCACAGUUUGUUUAUUCAACUUUGUCUGGAGAAGAAGUAGAACUAAUACCUAAUGGACACAAAGUCUCUGUUUGUUGGGAGAAUAGACAAGAAUAUGUUGAAGCCAUCCAGAGAUUGAGAAUGACAGAGUUAUUACCAGAACAUAGAGUGCAGUCAUUACAUUGUGGUUUAGCAUCACUUAUACCUCUACAGCUAUUGAAUAUACUCUCACCUUUAGAUCUAGAAAUCAGGACAUGUGGAUUACCUGAAGUGGACCUAGCUUUUCUCAAGGCACACACUAUGUAUCAAGUAGGACUGAUGGAGAGUGACAAACACAUAGAAUUCUUCUGGAAUACACUGGAGUCACUUAGUCAGGAGGAUCUCUGUAAAUUUAUCAAGUUUUCUUGUAACCAGGAGAGAAUUCCACAGACCUGUCCAUGUAAAGAGGGCGGAGCAGAAACCACACAUGUCCCUCCUUAUCCAUUGAAAAUUGCUCCACCAGAUGGACCAGGUCCACCAGAUUCACGGUUUAUCAGAGUAGAAACCUGUAUGUUCAUGAUUAAACUACCACAGUAUAGUACACAAGAAUUGAUGACUCAGAGAUUAUUAUAUGCUAUAAAUUGCCGAGAGGAUCCUCUUAGUAGAUAACAAGCCAUAUACAUUAAUGAUAUUGUGUGAAAGAUCUGCUGCAGUUGUAAAGCAUUUAUUUAUUAGAUCAAUUAUUCAUUAGAUGCUUUAAAUAGUUAAUAAACAAUCUCUAUCUGAAUAAUCAAGAAAGUAAAGAUGUUUACCUUUCUAAAUAAGAUAUAUUUACUAAAAUUUAGGAGGUUCUUUUUUUCUUUCUCUUUUUCCCCUUUAUGAUGUUAGAUGUAAGAUAUGUAUUCUCUGCACAGUUGUAGUUGGUGUGUGAAUUUAUAGAAGUUGCAGUGUUGACUGACAAUGUACAGUAUUUUUGGAAAAAAAGUAUUAUAGUAAAGAGGAUCUCCAGUCUAAUGAAAUGCAGAAACUGUAUCUCAUGUGUGUAUAAAAUUACUUCAUGGAAGUGAAAGCUUUUCUUAUCCUAAGAGAUUUUACUGAUUUAUUUUUUAGUGAUGUAAAUUUAAAUAUGAAAUAUAAUGAAUUGCUUUGCAAGCAUUUAUCAAGGGAACAUUUUAAUAAAUAGAUAGUUUAUAUUGUUUAUAUUGUAACGUAAUUAUCUGUCGGCAAGAGUUGUUAUCACAAUUAGAAUUGAAUUAUUAUAAUUAUUGUGAUCAUAUUCUAGACUGAUCGUUCUAAAGUUGUAGCAUAAGUGUCAUAAUUUGACGAAACAUAAUGUUCUGUAGAGUUUUGACCAUGAGAUAUAUUUAUAUAAUAAUUUGAUCAUUAAUGAUUAACCAGUGUUAUAAGCCUAAGCAGCACUGAAAAACUUAUCAGUCUUUUAUUUAUAGCGAUGUUAAAUAAAACUUCCUAUUCAUCAUCCAGGCUAUCAUCAAAUGUAAAACCAUAUGUGUGUGUGUGUGUUAUAUGUGAUAUGUAUAGGUUUAUUUAUUAUAUAUUUUGUUUGUGUCGAGAUUGUUAAUAUAGUGAUGGUUGUACUAUUUUAAAGCUUUAUUAAUUACCUUAGCAACUAUUAGUAUUUUUGCUACAACAGUAACCAUAGCAAUUAUUAUUUAUAAGAUGUACUAUAUUAAUGUUUUAACCUAGUUAGUUUAAUU